UUGGCUAUUUCUUUGUCCCAACAAUUACGUUCGUUCAUCGACGCAAACCACCAAAAAAAAAGUCGAUGACUUACAUUCUAUGCUGUCAAUAGGAGAAAAAGAAUGCUUAUUCUAAUUGCUUUCCUUCAUUUUGGGUAUUCCGGAGACUUUUAAAUUUCUACAUGUUGGUCAGUUCUUUUCAACACGGAGACUAUCACUCAUACCAAGUACCAAGUAGCUGCUGAAUUUGAGUCUUAUAUAGGAUUUUAUAUAUGUACAUUAUUUAUUUAUUUUCUUAAUAUAACCAUCUUUUUACCAAAAAAAGAAAAAGUAUUAUGGAAUAGCCUGAUUAUUAUUUGUGUAAAGAUGGAUACUCAACUAAACAAUUCAUGUUUUUUUCUUUCUAUUCUUGUUUUUGGUUUUGUAAUGUGCAGUAAACCUCGUCAUACAAUUGCUGCGGAUACAAUCUCUUUAGGUGAAUCUCUAACCGGAUAUCAGACAAUGAUAUCAAGGGGUGAUAGAUUUGUAUUGGGUUUCUUCGAACCAGAUUGGAGUCUCCAGGAUUCAACUGGCGGGUGUGUCAGGAGAACUCCUUUGCAAUGUGAAAGUAAAGAUGGUUUCUUAACUAUCCCAACCUCAAAAUUGCCCGAUGAACCCCGACUUUCACCAAUCUAUGGCUCUGAAGAAUGCAAAUUAGCUUGCGAGGGUUCAUGUGCUUGCAUUGCUUAUGCUUUCAUCGGCAAUGGAUGUCGAACUUGGGAUAAAGAUAUUAUAAAUUUCAAUCAAUUUACACCAUCUGGCGGGCCAACAACUUUCUAUCUCAGACUUGCAGCUUCAGAAAUUCGCAGCAUUGCAACCUUCCCUAGCAGUCCGGUACCCGUCUCUACUGCUCAAGCCAGAAACAGAAAGGCGAUAGUUUGGAAGAUCGUCUUACCAGUUUUCACUUUGGUGGCAACUAUCAUGGGAGUCUUGGGAUACAUUUAUCUGCUCAAGAGAAAUAAGGCUAAUAAAAGAGGAAGAUUGAAAGGACUUCAAGGGGUGUUGACUGAUCUGUUGAAAUCCAAGUCUACAUACAUCGACUCUCCGAAUACAAACAUGUUCAACGAUGGUAUAACAGAAGGAGAAACACAGUAAUUGCAAAUAUUUAAGCUUGCUUGUUUAACCCUUGCUACGAACAACUUCUGCUUGAAAAAUAAAUUGGGCGAAGGAGGUUUUGGGCCAGUUUACAAGGGAAAACUACAAAAUGGGCAAGAAAUAGCCGUGAAAAGACUGUCUACAGAGUCUGGGCAGGGUAUUGAAGAGUUCAAGAACGAGGUUGUAUUGAUCUCCAGGCUUCAACACCGCAACCUUGUGAAACUGUUGGGUUGUUGUGUUGAAGGAAAAGAAAACAUGUUAAGAUAUGAGUACAUGCCCAAGAGAAGCCUGGAUGCAUUUCUAUUUGGUAUGUGUUCUUUUCUAGUUUGCUAUCAGAUCUUGUUGAAGCCUUGUGUGUGAAACAUUCUGAAAAUUUCAUUGUAAUUAGUUAUAAUUUCCAUGUAUGUUUACUUUAAUCACAAAUUGCAAAAGCUGUGAAUUCGAGGAUGUCUAUACUGACGGCAGAUCCAAUAUA